AUGGGCAGGCCUCCUUGCUGCGAUAAGUCUACAGUGAAGAGAGGCCUUUGGACGCCGGAGGAAGACGCAAAGCUGCUGGCGUACACCGCCACCCACGGAAGUGGCAAUUGGACCUCUGUUCCUAAGAAAGCAGGAUUGAAGAGAUGCGGGAAGAGUUGUAGAUUGAGAUGGACUAAUUAUCUGAGGCCUAAUCUGAAGCACGACGGCUUCACUCCUGAAGAAGACGAGAAGAUCAUAGCACUCCAUGCUACGAUAGGCAGCAGAUGGUCGGUGAUAGCGAAGAAGCUCCCCGGCCGGACGGACAACGACGUCAAGAAUUACUGGAACACGAAGCUGAGCAAGAAGCUUUACCAGAGCGGCAUCGACCCCAUCACCCACCGCCCGAUCUCCCACGUCAUGGAGACCAUCCGCGGCCUCCAGAACGCCGACGUCGCGAUCGGCACCUCGAUCUCGCCGAUCUUCCCACAGCCGCAGCUCGCCCACGGCGAAGCCUCUUGCUCCUCGACGGAGUUUAAAUGGACCGACUUCCUCAUGGAGAGCCUGCUCUCUUCCGACGGCGAUGCGCUCGCUUCUGGAAGCGACAGCAAUGUCGCAGUAGACUUGCAGCACCGUGGAUUGGAUGCGGCCGCCGUGGGAGUGCCUUGCGGUAGCUCAUCUGCCAGUCCAUUCGUCGACGCCAUUUUGGAGCAGGAGAGGGAGUUGGUGUCCAAGUUCUACCAGUUCCUCGGCGAUCACAGCGACCUUCUUCCCUAA